AGCAAAUAGCAAUAGCUAGCAAAAUCCAAACAAAUGGAAGCCCUUCACUUCUACAUUUUGCUUCUAGGCAUAGCUUGGUCCAUUUUUAACAAAUAUGUCAUUCCAAAAAUAAGAAAUCUACCUCCAACUCCAUUUUCAGCCUUAACAAUAAUCGGCUACCGUAUCAUCUUUAAGCAACCCAUGCACAAAACCUUGGCUCAUAUCUCGAACCGUCAUGGCCCAAUUUUGCUACUUCGUUUUGGAUUUCGACGAGUCCUUCUUAUCUCUUCCUCAUCGGCCGCAGAGGACCUCUUUUCUAACAAUGAUAGGGUGUUUGCCAACCGACCGAAAUUGCUACCGGGCAAGAUAUUUGGAUGCAACUACUCAACCCUUGCUUGGGCACCUCAUGGAGCCCUUUGGCGUCACCUCCGUCGUGCUUCAUUCAUUGAUGUUCUUAAAUUUCAUCGUCUUCAUGACCAGCAAGACUCGUUGGCUGACGAGGUGAAGGUUUUGCUUCACGAGCUAUUCCAUAGCGAGACAAAAAUAGUUGAUUUUAAAUCUAUAUUUCAGGACCUUGUGUUUAAGGUGAUGGUGAGGAUGUUUGCCGGAAAAAGGUACUCCCAAAAGAAAAUCACAGCUGAGGGGGAGACGACGGAGUCAAAUUCAUUGAAAGAAUAUGUGAUGGAGUCAUUUAGAAUUACAACAGGAGAGACGGAUACUGGGUAUUUUAUGCCGAUAUUGAAGGCACUGGGACUGAUGAAUGCGUUGGAAGAAAGGUGCAAGAAGUUGCAAGAAAAGGGAGACUCGCUCUUGAGCCGCUUAAUUGAAGAGCUAAGACCAUCCAUAGCCGAAUUUUCUAAUCAAACUUGUGAGACCGAGGAAAAAGUACUUAAUUUCUUGCUAGCUAGACAAAAGGAUGAUCCAAAAAAUUACCGUGAUGAUAUUAUCAAAGGACUCAUGCUUGGCCUAAUGACAGCAGGUACUACUACAUCAGCUGGUACUAUGGAAUGGGCCAUUUCUCUCUUAAUUAAGCAUCCAGAAGUUCUACAAAAAGCACAAACUGAAAUCGAUAAUUAUGUUGGCAAUAAUCGAUUCCUAAAGCUUGAAGACUUAGAGCAUCUGCCAUAUCUCCGUUGCAUUGUAAAAGAGACAAUGCGAUUAUACCCUGUUGCCCCAUUGCUAGUUCCUCAUGAGUCAUCAAAGAAAUGUAAAGUUGGAGGAUAUAAUGUACCUAAAGGCACCAUGUUAAUGGUGAAUGUUUGGGCUAUUCAAAAUGACCCAAAUAUAUGGAAACAACCUACAGAGUUCAUUCCAGAAAGAUUUGAAAAGAUUGUCGAUGAAAGAGAUGGAUUUAAGCUAAUGCCGUUUGGGUAUGGAAUGAGGAGUUGUCCCGGAAAGCAUAUGGCAUUGCGUGUUAUCCAUUACGUUUUGGGCUCACUGAUUCAGUGCUUCGACUGGGAGCCCGUUAGUCAGGAGAUGAUUAACUUGACCGAACAAACUGGCAUUGCGUUGCUAAAGGAAGAUCCUUUGAAGCUUGUAUGCCGCCCACGUCCCACUAUGAAGAAUCUAUUGUCUCAAACAUGAGCAAUCUGUGUCAAUGCAAGAGCUAUAUAUGUUGUUUUAGUAUGUGAUAUAUGCCUUUAAUUUCUGUUGUAUAAUAUAGUGUUAGCUAAGUAGGUGGUAUUUGACAGUGUUGUUUGGGCUUAUUUAUCAAUAAUUGUUUAUAUAUUGUGUCAAGGAGAAAUGAAGCUCCAAUACUUGAUAAUCUCAAUUCUAUGAAAUCUUAACUAAUUUAUCUAU